AUGGGCCUCCUCGGCUGGCUGUCGCGAGAGUGGGUCCAAUGCAACGACAGACGACAUCAUCAGAAGUAUCUGAAGACUGAAAAGAAAUCUGAAGAAAGUCAGGAGAAGGCCAAGCAAACUAGAAGAACAUGGACUUUAACAAGAAUUGGGUCAAAUAUUAAACAGAAGACAUUGAAAAGAAAUAAUGGAGACAUUCAAAAGCUUAGAAAAUUCAGAUCCUGUGAAGAGCAACAAGUUGGAACAGACAUGGAAGACGUUUCGCUUCUUCCCAUUCCCAUAUUGCCAGAAAGUGGUUUACAUGUACCUGCGGAUCAUUCAACAUUUCCCUGUGGAACCUUCACAGAAAUUAUGAAUGCUGAAUUCUUUCAUUCUCCUAUAAUUGUGAAACGUGAAAAAACGUGUUGCAAUCGUGGCUCCAGCAUACUUAGAAAGGAAUUACGCGUUCUUAGUCAAAUUCACCAUCCAAAUAUAUUGCUUUUAAUGGGAUUUGUAAAAAUUGAUAUCAACGACAUAGUGACAGUGUUUGAAGAUGCAAGUAAUGGAACUUUACACCAUCUUUUGCAUAAAAAGAAGACAACAUUUCCUCCAACGGAGAUACAGAAGUUCUUGACGCAGUUGUGUCAUGUCAUGUUGUUCCUACAUCAAAGAGGUUGGCUUCACACGGCAAUCACUUCCCACAGCAUUGUCAUUACUGCAAAUUCUACCCUCAAAUUAACAGGAUUUGAAAUGGCAAGGAAGUUAAAUGUGAUAGACGAUGAUAAUUCACCAUCCGAGUAUCUCAAUAAACAAUGGUUUCCUUGGAAAUCUCCAGAACAACUUAGUGGAGUGACUAUUUUAAGUCCAGAAACUGAUAUAUUUAGUGUUGGAGUCAUUAGCUGGGAAAUGUGCACCAAUGCAGAGCCAUGGUGUGGCUACACACAAGAUGAAAUUGUGACUAAAUAUAAAUCACUGCACUGUGCUCUGGAAUCUGACGGUUUGCCAUCAUCUUUUGUGCAUACAAAAAAUGAGGGCUUCAUUUUCUGUAUGCAGCAAAUGUUAAAAAUUGACCCAAAGAAGAGGAUAUCUUGUUUCCUAGAUGUGCUGUCUCUGGUUCAUAAAUUACAGGCAUUGCCAAUUUCAACUCCCAACUUGGUUUCAGAGCAUAUUCAACCUAUACAUUUAAUUGGGUCCCUGGAAAGAACUCAAUUGUUAUUCCAGCCAAGGCCACAAAAGGCAACACUGACUACAAGCAAACAGUAUGAUAAACAUGAAAGAGAUCCUUAUACUGGAUUGAAAAGGGUUCCUAAUAGUUGGCAGAAAUUGAACGGGAAAGCACCUUCCACAACAAGCCUUGAUAUAGUGAACCUACAUUCUCCAACAAGUAUUAAUAGAGGAAACAAAAUUAUCAGUACACAAAAAUUCACCAAACAAUGUGUCAAUAAAUUCCAAGAAAAAAAUCAUUAUCAUUUGGAAAACAACAAACCAUGUGAUAACAGCACACAAAAUAAUACCAUUCACAAAACACAAAUUGGCAGUCAGUUUAUUAACAAGAGAAUUAAGGGAAAUUUUGAAAUAUCACAAUUAAGUGAGGAGAAAAAAAACUUCAUUCUACCAACACAAAAGUUGUUAUUUCCAUCACAACUGGAAAACAGUUUUUCUAGGGCUGUGCCUAUCAAGCCAGCAAGUCAUUUGAACCAAAGGGCAAUUAAUUUCAGAAGCAUUUCUACAAAAUUAAAUUAUGAACAAAACAUUCAACAUGAAGUCAAUCUACGUCAAAAACGACAGGCCUCGCAACUUGCAGUUUAUGACGCCGAUGCCUAUGCCGAUGAUGACGAUGAUGAUAAUGAUGAUGAUGAUGAUGAUAAUGAUAUAGAAAAUACCACUUCUGAAAAAGGAAGAAAAUGGGAGACAUCAGUACCUAUAAAAUUGCAUCAAGACCUGCAAAUUGAGCAAGAGUCUCUAGAUCAAAAAGCAGGUUCUACCAAGGCAAUUGAAACAAAAAAUAAUUCAACUUGUUCUAAAUACUCUACGACUGAAAACAGAAAACAUUACAGGAUUCUUCGAAACCCAAAACUUGAAAACAGACAACAUUCUGAAUAUGUCCAUAAACAAGAUUCAAAUGGAUAUCAGUAUUCAGAAGAAAUAGAUUGUCAAUCGCAAAAAGGUCAUGAUAUAUGUAAUUCUGACACAGAAUCAAAAGACAAUGGUUUUGAAUCUACUGAUUCAGGCAUUUUCACAAUUUCAAGAGAAUUUGACCAAAAUUUACUGAAUCAGAUGAACUCUACUGAGGAUUUGUACAUCGAUGAUGAGUUUUGCUUGGAAAUGGAAUUAGAUUCUCACAUGCAAUUACUGGGCUUGUUUGACAGUAACUCUGACUUUAUUGACAGCAUACAUUCUGAUCUAACAGAAAAUGAAAAUUUACAGUAAUAAACAUUCAUUACAAUUUUAACCGAGUUUGUUCAUAUAUCUUGAUCCCUAUGGGAUCAUGUUAAUAUUAUAACCUUUUAAAAAUUAUAUAACAGUUUAGUAGACUACUUAUAAAAAAAAUUGUUGUUCCAUACAUUCUGAAAUGACAGAUUAAAAGAGAACAGGUUGAAACAGAAGGAAUGUCAGAUGUUGACUUUUCUGUGUUGGUAUUGAGAAAGCAAUGAGAGUUUGAUUUUUCUAAUAAAACUUAAAAAAAUAAUUAAUUUAAAAAUAAAAACUAGGAAGAAAGAUUUUCAUUUCAGAAUGUGUUUGUAUAAUUUCAAGACUCUCAGGAACAUUCCAUAAUUUCCCCAUAAUUUUAGUGUUAUGUGCCAGGUCAAUGCCACAAUAGAAGGAAAUCGAAUAAACUAUUAAUUUUCUUGAGAUUAAUCUCAUCAGACUGAAUAUAAUUUUUUCCAGAAAUUGUAGAAAAUGUAUUUCAUAUACAUAAAAAUGUUCUUUGGCACCUACAAUUUAUUAUCAAUUUAUUAUAUAGGCUACUUACCAAAAUCUGUUAAUAAACAUUUUAAAAAUAGAAUCAUAUGCUUUUUUUUUUUCAUUUGGACAUAUGUGUCAUAUAUUACCACAAUAUUAGAAAGAUUAAGCCACCUCAUCAAGGAAAUUAAUAUCUUUGAAAAUAAGUACAAUAGAAUACUUGUGAGAGUGUGAACUAGAUCAUUU